UGAAAACCCACCCACGACACCAUGCUCGGCGGCCCGCUCCUCCCCCGCGCCAAGGCGCUCGCGUCGACGUCCCUCGGCGCCGACCUGAGGCAACAGCUCUUCGCAGGACCGUCCGGCCUCCAGACCCAGAUCCGUACGGCCACGAAGCGUGGUGGUGGUUCGUCCAAGAACGGCCGUGACAGUGCAGGCAAGCGCCUCGGUAUCAAGAAGUGGUCGGAGCAGUACGUUAUCCCCGGCCAGAUUAUCGUGCGCCAGCGCGGUUCCGAGAUCCACCCCGGCCAGCACGUCGGCGAGGGCCUCGACAGGACACUGUACGCCCUCGAGCCCGGAUACGUCAAGUUCUACACCUCGUCGCUGCCGUACCCCCACCGCGCGAAGAACCCCGAAGCGGCGGCUGCCAAGGACGCACUCCGGCCCCAGGUCAACAAGCCCCGCGGCGUCCGCCAGUACGUCGGCAUCGUGCGGGAAAAGACCGACACGCUCCCCCGUGACGAGCGCGCCGUCGGCCGCGAGCGCCGCUUCUGGGGCUGGCCCAAGGAGGCCGCCGAGGAGACCUUUGCCGUCGGCACCCCGCCCACCCCUUCAGCAUAGCCACGAGUCAUCAAAUCAUAAGAUGCAUCUAUUCCCGAGCCA